AUAUAAACGAAACUUUUAUACCAAAAAACACCAACAACCAAAGACCGAAACCGAAUUGGGAAUUAGGGUUUUAUACGAAGAUGAUAGAGGUGGUGUUGAACGAUCGAUUGGGGAAGAAGGUCCGUGUGAAGUGCAACGAUGAUGACACUAUUGGGGAUUUGAAGAAGCUGGUGGCGGCUCAGACUGGAACAAGGGCCGACAAGAUCCGAAUCCAGAAGUGGUACACUAUCUACAAAGAUCAUAUCACUCUUAGGGAUUACGAGAUCCAUGAUGGCAUGGGUCUUGAACUCUACUACAACUGAACCCUAAGGCUUGUUUUAUGCAUGAUGUACUAUAAGCAGGCAUUUGGAUGAAAAUGUCACUUGGAAUCAUCAAAAAAUCCUCUGGAUUGUAAUAAUGUACAUCUCUUUAUGAUACUGGAUUUUAUUUGAUAUUGGAACAACCAGUUGUAACCUAUAUAUAAAACACAAAUCUAUCUGACUUGUUCCUAGCUUCA